UUCACGUGACGUCUAUUUUUAAGGAAAUAGUCCAGCGUCAUGAUAGAGUAGACUUCGUGUGCUAACUUUAAAAGUGUUUUAACAUGGGAAGUGCAAGUUCCCAUUUGGAUUGCCUGGAUGACGAGAAGUUUUGCUACAUUAAAGAAGCGGGUUCUUCUGGCCCGUACCAGUUUAAAAGGACAUGUGUCUUGGACUCACUUUUGGCUGCUUUGCACACUACAUACUUAAAAUAUCCAAAUGUAAAAGCUCUUUUGGAUUCAGAUGAGCUAUUCAGAGAGCUUAUGGCUUUUUUAAGUUUCGGAAGGUAUGUUGAGGCUAAAAUUCGUUGCGUGCAGAAGCUGAAACAUGUUCAAGUUGAUGACACAAGGAAAGAAAUGGACUUUUAUGGCUCUGUGUAUGAUCAUUUCGUUCUGCUUGAUAAGCUGGUAUGUGAAUUCACUGAUAAACCAAGAUCCCUAAAGGAUAGUCACAUCUACAAAGAAAUGCUCAGCAUCAGUUUUGAUACAUCUGGCUGUGAACCAAAUGUAUUUUUAAGCUUUCGGAAGGCUUUGGAAGAUCCAGAAGAUCUAACUCUCAUUCUGGGGAACUGUUCGGCUCCACCACUGCUGCAUUUUAAAGAUGAGAAGAAAAGGACCUUUGUACUUCAAUUUGUGCUGCUUGGGAAAAAUGAUCACAUGACUAUGUGCUUCCAGUCCUCCGACAACAAAUGGCAUCUAUAUGACAAUGACAAAACAAAGCCUCCUUUUCAGUCUUUCGACCUUGAGAGUAUGAAAGACUAUGAAGAUCGUUUGGGUGGAUACGUCAACAUAACCCAAGUGCAGGAACAUAAACUUAGUGUUCCUGAGACUGGAGAAGCAGCAGGAACAAAGUGUUUCUGUUCAGGUGUAAGCAGUUCCCACUUGGAUCCAGUGGAGGACAUGGAAGUCCUCCCUUACUCUGUUGCUGAGACUGGAGAAGGACUGGGAACAAAGCUUUUCUAGCAAAACCAGCCAGAGUUUUACCCCAUACUCAGCAACCAGGAAAAGCCAGUUGGAGACACAGAAAUUCCAUCUUACAGCAGCUCUGAUUCUGAUUCUGAAAGGAUCUUGUUUUUAAAUUACAGUAUGGGUACACUAGACUACUGUGCCCCUCAACUUACAAAUGCUGAGGUGCAGACACUGGGGUACUGUGCCCCCUCAACCUACAAACGCUGAGGCGCGGACACUGGGGUACUGGGCCCCUCAACCUACAAACGCUGAGGCGCGGACACUGGGGUACUGAGCCCCUCAACCUACAAGCUCUGAGGCGCAGACACUGGGGUACGGGGCUCCUCAACCUACAAACGCUGAGGUGCGGACACUGGGGUACUGGGACCCUCAACCUACAAACGCUGAGUCGCGGACACUGGGGUACUGAUCCCCUCAACCUACAAGCGCUGAGGUGCGGACACUGGGGUACUGGGCUCCUCAACCUACAAACGCUGAGGUGCGGACACUGGGGUACUGGGCCCCUCAACCUACAAGCACUGAGGCCCGGACACUGGUGUACUGGGCUCCUCAACCUACAAACGCUGAGGUGCGGACACUGGGGUACUGGGACCCUCAACCUACAAACGCUGAGGUGCGGACACUGGGGUACUGGGCCCCUCAAGCUACAAACGCUGAGGUGCGGACACUGGGGUACUGGGCCCCUCAAGCUACAAACGCUGAGGCGCGGACACUGGGGUACUGGGACCCUCAACCUACAAACGCUGAGGUGCGGACACUGGGGUACUGGGCCCCUCAAGCUACAAACGCUGAGGCGCGGACACUGGGGUACUGGGCCCCUCAAGCUACAAAUGCUGAGGCGUGGACACUGGGGUACUGGGCCCCUCAAGCUACAAACGCUGAGGCGUGGACACUGGGGUACUGGGCCCCUCAAGCUACAAACGCUGAGGCGUGGACACUGGGGUACUGGGCCCCUCAAGCUACAAACGCUGAGGCGUGGACACUGGGGUACUGGGCCCCUCAAGCUACAAACGCUGAGGCGUGGACACUGGGGUAUUGGGCCCCUCAACCUACAAAUGCUGAGGCACGGGCUCUGGGGUACUGUGCCCCUCAAUCUACAAACGCUGAGGCGCGGACACUGGGGUACUGGGACCCUCAACCUACAAACGCUGAGGUGCGGACACUGGGGUACUGGGCCCCUCAAGCUACAAACUCUGAGGCGCGGACACUGGGGUACUGGGCCCCUCAAGCUACAAAUGCUGAGGCGUGGACACUGGGGUACUGGGCCCCUCAAGCUACAAACGCUGAGGCGUGGACACUGGGGUACUGGGCCCCUCAAGCUACAAACGCUGAGGCGUGGACACUGGGGUACUGGGCCCCUCAAGCUACAAACGCUGAGGCGUGGACACUGGGGUACUGGGCCCCUCAAGCUACAAACGCUGAGGCGUGGACACUGGGGUACUGGGCCCCUCAAGCUACAAACGCUGAGGCGUGGACACUGGGGUAUUGGGCCCCUCAACCUACAAAUGCUGAGGCACGGGCUCUGGGGUACUGUGCCCCUCAAUCUACAAAUGGAAAUUUAUUCCCCUGAGAUGGGGCACCAGUCCAUUGCAGGACACCAUGCACACACACAUUCACACCUAGGAUAGCCGAUUCACCUACCUGCAUGGUUUUGGACAGUGGGAGGAAGCUGGAGGACCUUGCCUUGAGGAAACACAGGAAAAACAAGUGAAAAGCCACACAGAUUGUAACCAAAGAUAGGUUACAAUUUAAGCCUCUAUUUAAGAAAGGUUUCAAAUUUAGAAAGCACAUGUUGGGAAAUUUGAGUACAAAAAGAUAAUAGCAUUCAAUUUUAGUUGACUAAAUUUUGCUGUCUUUUUUUGUUGUAAAUUUAUACUAAAACUAACAAUAACCACAAAUAUGACUAUAAAUUAUGUACUGUCACCAAAAAAGCUGUACUCUUUUGUAAGUACAGCCAUGCUGAAAAAGAAUAGAAACCCUCAUAGAAUUUGUAAUGGUUUUAAUGGGAACUGUAUUGGUUCCUGUGGGUCUCUACUGGUAAUUUGUUGCCUUCUAUUGGAGGCAUGUGAUGCCUAGUGGAUACCAUUAAGGACUAAUAAUGGUAAUGGUUUUUAAAUGGUAUUUGUACUGGAAACCAUUAGAAUCUGCGAAUUCUGUGUUUUUUUCAGCAGGGAUGAAUAGUUUGUUUAUGAUGCCAUGACCAAAGAAUUCUACUUUCUAUAGGAAAUUCAGUAUGUUAUAAUCUAUUGUACCACAGAGGGCUUGAAUGCUCAAAUCUGGUGUUCAUUAUUUUCUUAACAGCACCUCGAUAUUCUAUUACGGCUGCAACUAACGAUUAUUUUCAUAAUUGAUCAAUUAGCCAACGUACAGUACCAUUUUUUUCAUUUAUUUAAAAUAAAAUCUACAAACUGAGUGUUACAAAUAUAAAAUAAAAUGAUAAAACUUUA